AAGAGUGUGGAGGAGACAGGGUGAGGGAAGGAGGGGAAGGAAGGAAGGAAGGAGGGAGAAGGAAGAAGGGAAAGAGAAAGAAGAAAGAAAAAAGGGAGAAAAGGAAGAAGAAAGGAAGGGAAUUAAGAGUAAAAAUUUAAUAGGGCAUUUACGGGGCAUUUAGAAAGCCACAACAUUCCUGUGAGAACAGCAUUGAAUACCCAGAGCCAUCUUUAAUAGAGAAAUCUUGAGAGAACUUAUGGCAGCCAAGCUUUAUCUCCUGGGCAGGGAGAGAGACUAAGGGUGUCUGCUUAUUAUGCCAUGAAAUUACUGGCAGAUUCCCAGAUUUCUGGUCCACUGGAUGAUUUUGACCCACACACCUUCCAACCUUCCAUGAAGCUUUAAGGAAAAGGUAAAAGUAAAGUUAAAAAUUAAGCUUUUAACUCUGACACAGCGAUGUCAAAAGAUUUGGUGAAUGAUUUAUGGGGCUAAACUUGGUAAUCCCAGAAAGUCAAUAUUGUGUAAAGUUGAGAGAAAAGUCUUCACAGAGGAAGAAGAAAUCACUUUUUGUUCCGAACCAGUUCCAGGUUUCUGUUCCUUUCGCUAUGGAUUGUCUUUCCUUGUGCACUGUUGUAAUGUUAUAACAACAGCACAGCGCGCAUGCCUGAACCUCACAAUGGUAGUCAUGGUGAAUAGCACAGAUCCACAUGGUUUGCCCAACACCUCCACAAAGAAGCUCCUGGAUAAUAUAAAGAACCCUGUGUAUAACUGGAGCCCAGAUAUCCAGGGAAUCAUCUUGAGUUCCACCUUCUAUGGUUUUGUCAUCAUCCAAGUUCCUGUUGGAUACUUCUCUGGAAUAUACUCUACAAAGAAAAUGAUUGGCUUUGCAUUAUGCCUCAGCUCUGUGUUAAGCCUACUCAUCCCACCAGCAGCUGGAAUUGGUGUAGCUUGGGUCAUUGUAUGUCGAGCAGUUCAGGGAGCAGCCCAGGGGAUAGUUGGAACAGCCCAGUUUGAAAUAUAUGUCAAAUGGGCUCCUCCCCUGGAACGAGGCCGACUUACUUCUAUGAGUACAUCAGGGUUUUUGCUGGGACCCUUUAUUGUCCUACUUGUGACUGGAGUUAUCUGUGAAUCUCUGGGCUGGCCCAUGGUCUUCUAUAUUUUUGGUGCUUGUGGCUGUGCUCUAUGUCUUCUCUGGUUCAUUCUGUUUUAUGAUGACCCCAAGGACCACCCAUGUAUAAGCAUCAGUGAAAAGGAAUACAUCACAUCCUCCCUGGUCCAGCAGGUCAGUUCAAGUAGACAAUCUCUGCCUAUCAAGGCUAUGCUUAAAUCGCUUCCAGUCUGGGCUAUUUCCAUUGGUAGUUUUACUUUUUUCUGGUCACAUAUCAUCAUGACACUAUACACGCCACUGUUUAUCAACUCCACGCUUCAUGUUAGUAUAAAAGAGAAUGGGUUUCUGUCUUCCCUUCCUUAUUUGUUUGCUUGGAUCUGUGGUAACCUAGUAGGUCAGUUAUCAGACUUCUUCCUGACCAGGAAUAUUCUCAGCGUAAUUGCUGUCCGGAAACUCUUCACAGCAGCAGGAUUUCUCCUUCCUGCAAUCUUUGGCGUAUGCCUGCCUUACCUGAGUUCCAGCUUCUACGGCAUUGUCAUUUUCCUAAUACUUGUUAGUGCAACAGGCAGCUUUUGCUUGGGUGGAGUACUUAUAAAUGGCUUGGAUAUCGCUCCCAGAUAUUUUGGAUUUAUUAAAGCAUGUUCAACUUUAAGUGGAAUGCUAGGAGGACUAAUUGCUUCCACUUUAACUGGAUUGAUCCUUAGGCAGGAUCCAGAAUCCGCCUGGUUUAAAACCUUCAUCCUGAUGGCAGCCAUUAACGUGACUGGCCUAAUUUUCUACCUUAUAGUUGCUAAAGCAGAAAUUCAGGACUGGGCUAAAGAAAGACAACACACACGUCUCUGAAGGUGAGAAGUGAUCAGAUUAAGGACAAUUUUUGAAACUGGGAAUUCAGGAGAGAGAGGAAUUAAGGAUGACUCCUCAGAUGGGGAGGAAUAAGGGGCAGGUUAAGAGAAGAGGAGACCAUGUUAAGCCUGAGAAUAUUAGACAUCCUGAUGGAAAUGGCUGUGGGACUCUGUGGGAUGCUAAGGCUGGAGAUGUAAAUUAGGGAGGCUGGGACUCUUUAACAUCAAAAGAUGAGGAUGAAAAAGAGAAGUUUGCAAAAAAGACUGGGAAGGGCCUUCAAUGAAGUAGGAAGAACAGUUGUAAAAUGGAGACUCGAAGUGAAAAAGAUUGGGAGCAAGGACCUUUGGCAAGUGCUGUAAUAUCAAGACAUUAAAUUAUAUAAGGUCUAAGAAUUUACAAAUGGGUUAGGCAAGAGGAACUUUAAAGGUAACCCUGACUAAAAUGAUUUUCAAAUGAAUGAUGGAGACAAACAGUCCAUUAAGGUGUGUUCAAGGUAUGAUACUGUGCUUUGCUUAUGUCAACUCUAUCAGUGGUAAAUAAAUGGUAGGAGAAA